AUGUCACGUCUCUCUGCUAUCCUCCUCCUCGCUACCAGUGCCGUCUAUGCGUCUGUCGCCCCCACAUCUGUCUUCCCCACUCAUGAAUCUCAUACUGAGAACAAGACCUCUCGGAACAAGUGGUAUCACGAAGACGACCAUCCACUGCACGCCCUCUUUAAGCGUGGACCGGUCGGCGAUAGUAUCACCUAUCCUGUGAUAGGAACGCCUUCAUGGUCUGCGGGCUUCCCCCAGCUUAAUGCGGACACUGCAUCGCUUCCCCAGGCUUGGGUGGAUGCUCUUAACGCAGCCGUCACGGCGGGAAAGGUUCCCGACGUUCCUCAGUCUACAAGUAUCAACGGAACGGAUCCCGUAUACCCCACUGGAUCAGACCCAAUGAGCGCGGCUGUUUGCUCCUCAACUUACAAGUGCGUUACACCAGGUGACGUGUGGAAUGCUCUACCGGGUGUUGUCGCCCUUAGUUUCGACGAUGGUCCGCAACUGGCAUCUGAUCAGUUGUAUCAGUUCCUCGCCAACCACUCGGAACAUGCAACGCACUUCUUCAUCGGCACUAACAUUCUCCUGUAUCCCGACCAGUUCAAAACCGCCUUCGAGACGAACCAGGAUGACAUCGCCGUCCACACUUGGACUCAUCCAUACAUGACCACCAAGACGAACCUCGAGGUCCUUGCCGAGCUCGGAUGGACGAUAGAGCUCAUCCACAACUCAACGGGCGGGCGCAUCCCUAAGUACUGGAGGCCGCCUUACGGCGACUCCGAUAUGCGUAUCCGGGCUAUUGCAAAGGAGGUAUUCGGACUGACGACCGUCAUCUGGAACCAAGACACUGAUGACUGGUCCUUGAGCGAGCCCAACCCAUUGACCACGCCAGAGAAAAUCCAGCAGCAGAUGACCCAGUGGUUAACUGGUCCAAAGAGCCCCGGACUCGUCAUUUUGGAACACGAGCUGUCUGAUCUAUCUGUCAAGUCAUUCAUGGAUGCAUACCCGAUGAUGGUUUCAAACGGCUGGACAAGGACAUCCCUCGCUCAGUUGGAUGGUGGUGCAGUCUACCAGAACGCCUGGAACUCGACAUCGCAAGUCAACCAGGCGAAGGUUGGCGACUUGGCCGUCAAGCCCCCAGCCCGCGCUAGCACUUCCGCAAAGCCAUCGGCAACGUCUGCGCGAAAGUAA